GUUCGAGAACCAGGUGAUGUGAUUGUGAUGCAUCGUCUGGUUAUCAAUGAAUUCCGCGGUCAUGUCCAAGGUUGUGGUUACGCCAGUACCGGAUUUACCGCGGCCGUGUUUUCUGGUCAGAUCAACGAUCCGCUUACACCUCGACACUGUCCAGUUGCAUGCAGCCUUGACGAGCCGGAGUUGGACCGUGUGAAAGAACUGCGCAAUUGGUAUCAUUCACCGGCAUGUCCCGUCGAACGGGAACGGGCUAAUCCACUCGAGCCGUCUUGCUCAACUCUUCUCGGUCUGGACGCAUCCAGACCAGUUGGAAAUGGCUCUUUAUUCACAGUUUCCCAACCUGUUUCAGUCAAACGACUUUGGGGUUUAAGUGCCGAAAAAUUCGUUUCUGUCCAGGGUCAGGUAGUCAGUAUUUAUCGACACACAAACGGAAAUCAUUGUGUUGUCCUUUACUUGUGGGAUGGUCCUCCACCCACAUAUACUAGUCGCGCAGACACCACCGGAACAUUAGCUCCUGGCCGUUCUCGAUAUUUUGGUGUGUCCCGGGACUAUUUAACGUUUCUCAGUGCGACAUCCGAACAUCAGCCGGAACUGGUCGCUAUCACCGCGCAUGGGUUCACUGAAGAGGAGGCUGCCGAUUGUAGCCUCAGCUUGUGGUCUGUUCCGGUCGUGGUCUAUGACGAACACGCUACGAACUCCACCAUGACCGAUUUGAGACCGGGCGAUCUUGUUCAGAUCAACAACGUUCACGUUGACUUUUGCCGACAGCCAGAAUGUCUCGUUAGCGGCUGUCUUCGUUUGAUCGUGCAUGGAGGUGGAUAUCAAUUUUCCCGUGGCAUACAGUUUCUUGGUUCAAGUCGCAUGCUGGAGGAGUAUAUGCACCUCCUGGAAACUGGUGAGGCUGUAUCCGACUCGUUACAAGCUCUGAAUCAGUUCAACUUGCUCACAAACUUGCGGGAUGGCAUAUUGCGCAGGCCUCCUGCCCUGAAGAUGCCUGGUUCUCCUGCUGUACCGGUGCGUCGUUUCUAUCCAUAA